GAAAUGGAGGGUAGAGGCAUGGCUACGAGGAACAACCCGAGAGGGCAAACUCCGGUGACGUCCGAAGGGGCUAGCCAGGUUGCAUCUCGGGGCGCGAGAGGCGGUAGGAGAGGCCGCGGAGGCCGUGGAGGCCGGGGAGGUCAUCGGGCUCAAACCGUGAGCGAUGGCCAUGUUAGCUCGGUGCAUGGAACUCACACCGAGGAUUAUGACUCUACCUAUGUUCCCGAGACGGGACAUGAGGAGACCCCAUACGAUGGGGGUGAUACGUAUACUGAUGAUGACAACGAUGAGAGUGAUGCCAAAUUCGCCCAGAUGGGUGAACUAUUUGAGUGGUAUCAAAAGGAGAAGUUGAGGAGAGAUCUUAGGCGCCAAGCUAGGCGUGCCUCUCAGGGGGCUUCAGGUCACGGAAGCCGGGGAGCAUCAGUGGCUACACCUGUGGCGUCACAGGGAAUGCAUGGAGGAGGUUUUUGUGUAAGAAUCUCCAAAUACCUCAAGGAGGCUAGGGCCUUGGGGUGCAAGUCAUUUGACGGCAAGGGUGAUAUAUCGGUGGCUGCCGAUUGGAUAAAGAAGCUAAAUGAGGCUGCUAGGGAUAUGCAGAUCGGGCUUGAUAUAAAGCUGACAGUUGCUACCAGGUUACUGGAGGGAGUAGCCGCGGUAUGGUGGGAAGGCGUGGAAGGAAAGUUCCACGGUGAGACCACCUGGGAGAAAUUUGAAGUAGAAUUCUAUAAUCAGUACUACUCAGAGUUCGAAAAGAACCAGAAGAGGAAGGAGUACAUGACCCCGGUACAGGAGGAGGAUUGCUCGGUGAGGCAACUGGAACAAAGGUUCCGGGACUUGGCACGAUACAUACCUGAGUACGCCAUGGAUGAGAACCGCAUGGCUAAUCACUUCUGGGAUACCCUACAGUUGGAUAUCCGUGAUAGGGCCACCUACAAUCAUCACAUGACUUUUAGUGAGAUUGUGGAUCAAGGGCUACUUGGGGAAGCCAAGUGGAAUGAAAGGAAGAAGAGAGACGCCGAAGAGGCGAAGAAAAGAAGAUGGGGAAAUUCUGGACCCCAAGACCAUUCUCGGAAACAUCACGCCGGGAAUGGAAGAUCAUUCAGGGCGCCGGAACCACCGGCAAAGAAGAGUAAGGGCCCAGGAGGGCAAGGGCAUAGCUCGGGGAGCGUGAGGCCACCAAGGUGUCCGAACUGUAACACGAAUCACUCCGGGAAGUGCAAUGAACCACCCCGGUGCUACAAGUGUGGUAGCACAAGCCACCUCAAGCUCUCUUGCCCAAUGUUGAGUGGAGGUGGGCCAUCGGGAGCUGUUGAGGCACCUACGUCUGGUAGGGGUCGUGCGGGACCAUCUCAAGGCGGCACGGGAAGGGGCGGACCCACGGCCAGUAACGCCGCGUCCGUUAACCAAGGGAGGACCCAAGCACGGGUGUAUGCAAUGACCGAGGCCGAUGCUCAGGCUAACCCGGACUCUAUUGCAGGUUGAGGCUAGAGUCCUGCUACCUGCACCUUUGCCCAGGGUGAACUCAAAUAAGGAAGACGUGGUUCGUGCUUCCAUUCUUAUUUGAAAUUAUGAAAUUGCUCAUGGAUAUUUGAACGAUGUUUUCUAUUAAACUAUUGAAGGGCCUGCGUGCUCAUGUUUGCCACGUGUGGCUAAAUGUCAAACAUAUUUUAUUUCCGC